AUGUCGUGUAGAUCUAUCUUGGACGACUACUACAGCUGCGCUGGUUGCGGUACUCACGAUCCCAAAGGUUUUCAAGUUCGUGUCGGGUUUAAAGUGGAUUACCUUCCAGGCUUAUGGGUGCCAUUUCAGCCUCUCAGUUUGCUAGGUGUACUUGUACCAGAAGCAUCAUGGAACCCAGGUGUAAUCUUCGUCUGGACGUGGAGACAUACUAGAAACAUUUAUCGUCGCUUUGGCAGCGACACGGUCUCGGUGGUACCUUUUAUCUCUGGUGCACCGACAAUAUAUACACGAUCAAUGGAUGUCACCAAGCAGGUCGUGACUGUUGGUCAUAAGACGGGUGCAUUUGCGAAGACUGAUGAUAUGGGUCGCGCGUUUCUGUUUUGGGGUCCGAGUAUCGUUAUUGCAGCGUCUCAGGAUCAAUGGAGGAAGCACAGGAGAAUCGCUGGACCUGCGUUUAAUAACGAUACCUAUCAACUUGUCUGGAAUGCUACACAUAAAGUAUAUUCUGACAUGAUCCACUGCGAAGGGUGGGCAGAGAAAGGGACGAUGAACAUUCCACGUAUCCAAUCACUGACAACCAAGUUCACCCUCAUCAUCAUUGCUACUUGCGGCUUCGGUCUCCCGUUUUCCUGGGGAGAACCCCCUUCUCAUGAUGGACAAAUGUCAAUCCAGCAGUGUAUGGAAAUUAUAACGCUUAGAAAUACCUUUGCGAUUGCAGCUCCAAAAUGGGCUUGGAAACUGCCGCUGCCAUGGGUUCGGCAGACCCGUCAAGCGUUCGAUACCAUGAGGGCAUUCAUGAAUUCCCACAUCCAGGCGAGGCGUGAAGCCAUAAACUCUUCCGCAGAUGAUGACACAUCAAAAGAUAUCCUUUCGUUGUUUGUUCGAGCGAGCGAACAUGAUGAGGGCAAAAGACGUCUGGACAACGAGGAAUUGAUCGGGAAUAUUUUUGCAUUGCUAUUUGCUGGCCAUGAGACAACAUCACACAGUCUGGCAGCUACUCUUGGUUUCUUGUCAUUACACCCAUCUAUUCAGGAUGAGAUAGUCGAGCAAGUUCACGAGGUCACUAAGGGGCACGACAAUAGCGAGAUUACAUUCGACGAUUAUAGCAAACUGGACAAGGCUCUCGCAGCAUUCUAUGAAGGAAUCCGAAUGUUCCCUGCUGGUGUAUAUCUCAUAAGGGAGGCGAAGCAAGACACCGUCCUCAAUCUUUCAGGCAUUGGCGAGGAACCUAAGAUGUUGCCAGUCAAGAAAGGUACACAUGCCGUGGUCGACAUGAUUGGAGUCCAUUACAACCCACAAUAUUUCCCUGACCCAGAAGAGUUCAAACCUUCACGAUGGUAUGCGAAUAGCACAGGCAAUGCAUAUAUUGCAGACGGGGAAGAUCACACUGGUUUUAGCGUUGGGCCGCGCUCUUGCCUUGGCAAAAAAUUCGCGACGACUGAGGCUGUUUGUUUCCUAGUACUGCUUCUACGCGACUGGCGCGUCGAGCCUCUCCUGUCCGUCAAUGUCUCUACUGGAGAAAAGGAAACCAAAGAGGAAUGGCGCGAAAGAGUCAUGCAAGCCAAAAUGACUCUUACAAUGGGCGUCAGGGAUGUUCCGCUGACAUUUACAAAGCGAGUUUGA